AUGGUAGAAGGCACACAGAGUGGUCAAAAUGUGUGGUGGAGAACUCAGGAAUGGUUGAUAGAGAAAGGAAGGGAGGAGAAAAGGAGGUGUGAGGCCAUGUUUAUUGCAUCAUCUGGUGCAAUGGUGGGUUGGGCUUUGAAUGAAUUGAAGAAACCAAUAGUCACGUAUGAAUGGUUAAAACAAUGCUCAGAGGAGCAUCGUGUUGUUCCUCAAGAGUCAUACAAGGUCCUUCCUUUCUCUGGGUUAAAGAUUUGUGUUACGGGAAUUCCAGCAGAUGUCCGUAAAGAGAUGGAGAAGCUUAUUUUACAAAAUGGUGGAAAAUACUCCGCAGAAUUGACAAAGAAUUGCACACAUUUGAUUUCUGACAUAUCCUUCUUAUAG